AGCAUCAUUCACAACCUCUUGACAGCAAAUCUACAUCAUCAAUACAGAAAACGCCGGUGAAACCUUGAAGCAAAAAGAAGUUUGUUGGAAGAAGAAAAACAGUAACGUGACAAAAAACACCACUGUGAAACUAUGAUGUCCAAACUGCAGAAAACCAUGGGAGCACUUUCUGCUGUCAGAGGAAUACACAGUUCUGCAGUGGAAGUUUUUAAAUGCCCAACCCCUGAGGAUACAGUCACAGCCAGCUUUGGGAAGUUCAUCAGUGAAGUAAAGCCCCAGCACUUGUCCUCCUUAGUCCUCCACCGCAGCAAAAGAAUGGUGCUGGACAGCAUUGGAGUUGGUCUGAUCGGCAGCACAACAGAGGUGUUUGAACUGGUCCUGCAGCACUGCCAGCACAUGUAUGCUCCUCAUAACAUCAGCUCUGUAUACGGACGCAGGGGCACCAGGCUCUCCCCGACACUGGCAGCUUUUGUCAAUGGAGUGGCGACUCACUCCAUGGACUUUGAUGAUACGUGGCACCCUGCCACUCAUCCCUCAGGAGUGGUCCUUCCUGCUGUGUUAGCACUAAGUGACAUGAUGCCGUCUAACAGCAAACCUAGUGGCCUGGACUUCCUGCUGGCUUUCAAUGUCGGCAUCGAGAUCCAGGGUCGACUGAUGAGGUUCUCUAACGAGGCCCACAACAUCCCCAAGAGGUUUCACCCUCCCAGUGUUGUAGGGACAAUGGGAAGUGCAGCUGCCUGUGCUCGCCUCUUGUCCUUGGAUCACUCCCAGUGCAGUCAUGCUUUGGCCAUAGCUGCUUCUCUGUCUGGAGCUCCAAUGGCUAAUGCUGCCACUCAGUCUAAACCCCUGCACAUUGGUGACGCUUCACGUUUGGGGCUGGAGGCCGCUCUGCUGGCCUCCCGAGGUCUAGAGGCAAGUUCCCUGGUCUUGGAUGCUGUUGCAGGGGUGGCUGGCUUCAGUGCUUUUUAUGAAGACUACGUGCCACAGCCCUUAGAAUCACCCAAUGAUGGCCAUACAUUCCUGCUAGAGGAGCAGGACAUGGGCUUCAAGCACUUCCCCGCCCACCUGGGGAUGCACUGGGUGGCAGAUGCUGCAGCCUCAGUCCAUAAGCUUCUUGUGGGAGUUGGCCCUGACACUGUCUCCCCAGCUCAUGUCCAAGAGAUUCAGCUCAGAGUCCCUAAAUCAAAGUACAUCAACAGGCCUUUCCCUGAGUCUGAGCAUGAAGCACGCCACUCCUUCCAGUUCAAUGCUUGCAGCGCUCUCCUGGAUGGCGAGGUGACUGUGCAGUCCUUCACUCCCGCUGCCAUGAACCGCCCUGAGCUGCUCACUCUGCUGAGCCGUGUUCAUGUGGAGCAUCCCCACGACAACCCUGCUAAUUUCAACCACAUGUAUGGCGAAGUCCAGGUGACGCUUGUUGGAGGAGACGUUCUGAAGGGACGCUGUGACACCUUCUAUGGUCACUGGCGCAACCCACUGUCUGAUGAGAGCCUGAGGAAGAAGUUCAGAAACAACGCAGGGGCGGUGCUUCCUUCAGAAAAGGUUGAGAGGCUGAUUGAAGUGGUGGAGGAGCUGGACAGACUUGGGAACUGCACCCCCCUUCUCUCACAGCUGCAAUGAACAACAACCACAAAACAAAAAAUAUUGUACAUAAAUGAAAAUGAAAAAUCAUCUUCAAACCACAGUCAAUACAUUAAAGACACUUUACUAAAAGUAUUAAACUAAAAUGAAUUUAAAGAUCUCAUAUGACACAUUUGUCCACAACACUUGAAAAUAUCAUAUGUCCAACAUACAACAUAACACUCUGCCCUGAUGCACUUGAAGUUCAUGGGAAUCAGCUGUAGGCCACUACACUGUAUGCCAUAUUUACACAUUAAUUACUUGACUUUUAAACUUAAACAUUCUUUUAUUUCAGUCUGCAGUAAAUAUUUAUGUAAUGUACUCUGCUCUAUAAUUUAUAUAAUGUGCUAUAUUUUAUUUAAGCUAUAUUAAAAUGUAGUUGUUAAUUAUACCAUCUACAUCAAAUGAUCUUAUAGUUCUUUCUGUAUUCUCUUACAAGCCUUAAUAAAAUUGUCUUGAUUUGAACAUAUUAUUUGCCUGUUUGUGGAUGUAUUUAAACAUUGCUGAUCAAUUGCA